AUUUUGGGCUCGGCUUCAAGCUCUUCGGAUGUACUCGUGAAACUUAAAAUACUUUUAUGGGUAUAAAAAAGUAAAGGAAAAGUAUUUUAAUAAUUUUCCCAUUACAUAAUUAUAUUUUCGUACAAUGAUGUUAGAAAAACUUAAUACGUUUUCUGUUUCAGACUCAUCCGAAUCGGAAUCCUCAUCAUCCUCAAGCGACGAAGAAGACGAAGGAAGCUUAGACAGUCGUGACAUUGGCCCUAUUCGUCUGGACCCUAACGUUUGCCCAGAGGGCUGCGAAAAAGAAAUAUUCGAUAAAACAUAUGAUCUGAGAAAUACCAGACACAAACACGAACAAAACAUGAUGGAACAAGACAAAUUGGUUGAGCUCCUUAAGCGUGAUAUAGAGGCUCAUAAUAAAAUCAAGCGCAAACUCUCCGUACAACUGGAACAGAGGAAGAAUGAUCUCAGGGAAUUCAUGUUAGAGAAACAAACCUGCAUGAACGACGUGCACCAAGUGGUAGUCCUCCGGUUCGACCAGAUCAGGGCUGCGGCCAUCCGGGGAUGUACGGGACCUCAGGGUCUGUCGCAGACCGUAGUCUUCCCCGAGGCUUUGUUGCACAGGCUGAGACGACGAGUGCUGGAGUUACAAGAGGAAAUCAAGCAGCAGAAAAUGAGGCAGAAGAUAAACCGUACCCAUUUAUUCCGAAUGAACAUCGACCUUCGCGCUAUGGAGGACGAAGCUCGUGAGUUACGCGCUAUGAUGCGUGACGUGCUGACGCGCAAGCUUGGUAAGCCGCGAAAGGUGGACCGCACCCUCGAUGACUUGCUCCGUCAAAUGGCGAGAAGGCAUAAGUACUCGAUGUCGUAUGGCUCGAUGCCUCACAUUAUCAACCAGCUCAGGACUUGGCGGGAACGACACAGUAAUCUCGAAAUGAAAUAUCUACAAACAUUAAAUGCUUUUUCCGAUCGCCUUCGUCUUGCUGCCGCAUUACAAGCCGAAGUUUUUCCUCAAAAGGUGGCACAAGAUCCAGGUGCAAUAAUGGCAGGUGGUUACGUACCAUCACAAUACCAGCGCGACGUAAUGCGGCUGCUUAUUGUACGAGAACAACAAAAGCAACAAAUAAAGCAAUUAAACGAUGAGAUUGAAAGUCUUCGUAUGAAACCCUUAUCAAAGCAAAAACCACCGACGACAUUCGCAUCUGUGGAAUCGGAACAGUCUGACAUUUACUUGUUCAUGGUUCCUCGGUCGUACAGACAGCAGCGUAUCAGAUAUUUUCCCAUUACACCGCUAGGUUCUCAAGCCAACAUGGUUCAUGACGUAAACAUUACGAAGUUACUCUUUGACUGCUUGGACGCUAUGCGGGUGUCACGCGACGAGGCUAACGAACUUCUCAAAGAUGUUACGGAGCUGCUUCCUGAUGUUUUGGCUGGAUCUUCUUCACGAUAUGACGUGACAGAUGUUAUUGUGAAAAAAUGGCUUCUCAAACAUGGUGGUGAUCCAACUCAGUACAAGAAGCAGACGAGAGCCUUUGAUGCCAUAGCAGCCUUGGUCGACCGCCUAGUCCGACAACAAGUGGAAGCAAUGGAAGGUUCAACAGGAUCCGGUCAAAUAUUAGACGAUUUAGAAGGUGCUCUGAAGGACGUCUCUGAUGAACGCGAACCUCUCGGCGAACGCCUUGGGCCGGCUCUAGCGGCUCUAUUGCAUUCCGCUUACGCCACUGACAUAGAGGAUCCAGAAACUUUGGCGUCCCUUGUAAAAUCACUUACAGAUGACAACCAUCCCAUCACAGCAGCAUCAGUUGAUCGCAUCUGUUCCUUUGAUGUCAUCGAAGAUAUAAAAGACUGCGGUAUCGAUAUGCAGGAAGAUGAAUUGAAAGGAGUCGUGCAAAUAGCAAUAGAUAGCUUGAGAGCUCAAAUUAUUGAGCCAGAAGAAGCUGCUCAAAUUGACGAAGAAGUCGAAAAAGCUAUGGCUAUUAAACCGGAAGAAAAAAGGUAUUCACAAAGCGAAACCCACCGUAAAUCUACACAGAGCUACCAAGGUGCACAAUAUGUUGGCGAGUCUGACCAACGCAAAUCGAUACAAGGUUCGAUAUCAAGUGCUGAACGUAAGAGUUUUCGUAGAUCGUUACAAAGCGAUGUCACAGCUGCUCAUCAUACUCGUACAACGGAUCGGAAACAAAGCCGGGUGUCUAUAGUACCUCGUGAAUACCAUUCACCUCUCGCCAGCUCCUAUGGAUUCCCUAUAAAGCCUGGUCUUCCUAAAAUAACCAGGUCGGCCACUACUGCCUCACCAGAUACAGCUCAAGCCGGGGGUAUUCUACAUGGCAGGCAUAGUCAGAUACGAACUAAACCAUCGGGAGUACAAAUGGACGUUCCUGAAGAAUACACUCCAACACGGGCUGAUAUUACAGAUGAGAUAAAGAGAACAAUAAUGAAAGGAAGUAUGGAUCACAUAAAAUAACUUGCUAACUAACUAAUAACUUACAGCAAUUAAAGGUUUUUGCGGGACGAUAAAUGUACCUACCUAUUAAUGCCAGAUACAAAAGAUGAAGACAAAGUGACACAGUUUAAGAAGAUACUGUAGAGGCUUAUUAUAAUUAUAUAAUAUAUGUUCUUAAAACUAUAA